AUACUUGUUUUUGAUGGACGAUUCUUGAUAUUUACAGUAAAUAUGGUAUGUGUUUAGAAUUCACAUCAUUCUAGAAAUCUAGAUAAAUAUUGAUUGAAAAAAAAGUGAAGGUAUCGAAUUUUGCUGAAAAUAGAGUGAAAUACAUUUUAAAAAUGAGCGAAGAUCGCUUGGAUUUUCUAUUGCUGGGCGCAACUGGUGUAACUGGGAUGUACUGCAUUCCAGUUCUCCAAGAAUUGUCAAAGGAAAAUGGAAGAAACUUCACAUGGGGCGUAGCUGGACGAUCGGAGAAAAAGAUAAAAGAUGUUCUUGCUCAAGUGGGAGAUAAAAUUGGGGUGGAUUUAUCUUCAACACCCAUCGUAUUAGCCGAUGUGAACGAUGACGAAUCGCUGCUUAAGAUGGCACGAAAAACAAAAAUUUUAAUCAACUUAUGCGGACCUUAUAACACUUUAGGAUUACCCGUGGUUGAAGCUUGCGUUAUUGCUGGUACCCAUCACUUGGAUAUAAGUGGCGAACCUGAAUAUAUAAACUCACUUCCUGAAAAAUUUAACAAUAUAGCUAAAGAGAAGGGAUUGUAUAUAGUAAGUGCGUGCGGUUUGGAUUGCUUACCAAGUGAUUUGGGACUAACUUAUCUAAACGAAAAAUUCGAUGGUACUUUGAAUUCGGUGGUGGUACAUGCUAAUAUGUGGUUUGAAAGUCGAGAUGAUGGGCCUAUUAUCAAUUUCGGUACGUGGGAGAGCUUCGUCUACGCUGUUAAACAUGGUUUACAGUUCAAAGAAAUGAAAAAAGUGAUCUGUCCAGAAAAAAAGUACAACUUUCGACCGAAAUUGAAGGUUUGCCAUUUACCCCGAUACUCCAAAACCGUUAAUGGUUGGACAAUGUAUUCAGUGGCAUGUGAUAAACUAGUGAUGGAAGAAACUCAAAAGUUUUUGUACGAAAACGAAAAUCGUCGACCGGUUCAAGUUGACAUGUUGGUUCACGUCCAAACUUUUUGGAAUUUUCUUACCUUGCAGCUCAUCUUAUUAUUAUGUAUGAUUUUAGCGCCGUUUCGAUGCGGCAGAUGGCUUCUACUUAAUUACCCUCAUAUAUUUACAGCGGGAUAUCUCAAGACGAAGGAUAAAACGCCUUCAGAAGAAACUGUUGAAAACUGUUGGUAUCAGAAUACUUUUUACGGGGAAGGGUGGAAAGAAAAAUUGACCGAUAAGGAUCAAGAAUUUACCGUACCGCCGAAUAAAAGUAUUCUGGCGAGAUUUAAAACUAGAAAUCCGGCAUAUCGGUUCUCAUCUUACGCUAUAGUCGCAGCGGCGAUCAUGAUUUCGAGCGAAAAGGAGAAACUACCCAAAAAUGGCGGUGUAUAUUCACCAGGAGCUGCAUUCAGUAAAACGUCAUUAAUGGAAUAUUUAAUCAAUAAAUGUUGUAGUUUUGAAAUAAUCGAAGAAAAAGAUUUAUAAUUAUUUUAUAUUUAUAUAAGAAACAAUCUAAUAACAUCACAAUUUUCUUAGUACUCAAAAAAACUAAUAUAAAGAUCAAAGUUUAUUAUUCUUUAAACACUAUUAACUUUUUUAUUGUUAAUAUAUAAGCGAAUAUUGUUUUUUUUUGUAUAAAAUUAAAUAUUUAGCU